UAAAGUGUUAAUGAUGCGCAGAAAUAUCAUUUUUGUACAAGUGUUCUUACUUCUCACCUACUUAGCCCUGACAGAUGCACUCGAAGUGUAUGUUAAAGAGACUGCAGUAAUUGAGACAGAUCAUAAUUUAUGGAAGCCAAGCAACGCUAUUCAGUUCUCUGAUACUACUUUCUGCUUCCAGACUAUUAAUAGUACAUUUGAAAGUUCCGGUUCUUCAGAACAGCUAUUGUGUUCAUUCAACAAGGGUUCAACCUUUGUGAUUGUGAACUCCAGCUUACCGUUCUGCGGAAGUGGCGGUAUUGUGUCAGAUGGCCAGUUGUAUUGCAUGCAUGAGAAGGUUUCUAGAAAAAAGGAUAGCCUUUUAGUAUACUCGACGGUUGUUUUUUCACUCCAAAAUGAAACUGUUGUGGGCAAACUUUCACCACAAGAAGUUUCCUUUCAACCAAAACACAAUAUUAUACCGAAGGAAAUAAAAUUUAAUGGUGAUGUGCAAUACAUUUUAUCUGAGGGAUUUUAUGGCAUGACUGCUACUGUAAUCGACAGUAGUAACUUUGAAUGUCCAUAUUUUUUCAAGUCCAUGAAUGGAUUCAACUGGACUAUGGUGGAACCAUUGCCAUUUAAUCGAUCGGAUGUAAUGUAUCUUCAAAUUCAAGGUGAUUCGAAAAUAGCUGUUGUCGCGAAAAAUAAUAAUAACUAUUGCAAAGUUACGUCAGGGGACAUGGGAAAGUCGUGGUCGAGCAUAGAGUACCUUAAUACGACUUCUCCACCCUUUUCCGUUGCCUUUCCAUCUAAUGUUGUAGCAGAGUAUGCCCUAUCCAACCACACACCUGGAGAGCUUGCAUUUUUUUCUCCAUUAUCACCGAAAAAUGCAUCACGCAGCUUUGUUAAAUUCAGCAAUUUCAAUCAGGAUGUAUUUAAUGAGAGUGAUAGUAGCACAGAGAAAAGCAUUUCAACUUCUUACUACGUUGUAUCUGCUCAAGUGAGCUCAAUGCCACUUCAGCUUAUUGUGAUUUACGAUGAAUUUAAUCAGGGUAAAUUUCUUUUACGUUCGACUCUCAUUGAAAUUAAUGACUCGGAGGAGAAACAACAUUUUGAGGAGCAACUUAUCGAAGCAUCUAAAAAAAAGGAAAUGGAAAAGGUGAUGAAUCAAAGGCUAAAACAAGAAAGGCUAAGAAAGGAGUGGAAAAGGCAAGAGAUAAUUAAAGAGGCAGGCGAAAGACGGCGCCGUAUGUUUGCUGAGUUUGAUCGCCCCUAUAUCGAUCGUGCUUUGGAGAAUAUGAAGCGUGAUAAAGAAUUUAUUGUUGUCAGGCAAGUUAAAGGAGAGUUUAUUGAUCUUGAAAGUGACACGCUUUGA